AUGUUUUCAUUUAACUUUACUAGAAAAGAGAAAGUGGUACAAAUAUGCUAUCCAACAUCGAAGCCACCAAAAAUUGCUCAUUUAAACCUUGAUGAUAAUUUAUCAAACGUUCAUAAGGUAUUGAAAGUGACAAAGUUCAUCAAUGACGAUUUAUCCUUUUCUCAAAAUGUUGAUGAAGUGUCCAAAAUAUCAAUAUCAAAUUCGGAAGAGAAAAAAUUUCGCUUAAAAGAAAUUAUAGUCCAAAAUAAUAUAAUAUAUAUUCUAUAUUUAACUCAUUCAAAUUUGUGGAAAUAUUUGAAUGAAAAACACAAAUUAGAUUAUAGCCGUACCAUAACUAAUGACGGUAUUAAGACCAAGGAUUAUACAGUUGAAUUCAAUUCAAUCGAAAUUGAAGAUAUGGUUACGAAAACAAAUUUAACACUUAAUAUUAAUAGUAAAUUGCAAAGUUUUAUAAAGUUAUCGGCUGGAAUAAUGAACAGAAAGGAAUCUAAAUUGGAAAUAAAUUCAACUUAUCAUUAUAGAAAUUAUGGCAAAUACUCUCUAAAUAUUAACAUAAAGGAUCAAUUGAUACCAACUGAAGAAUUUGUUAAGAGUGUAAAUGAUGCCAUAGAAUCAAAAAUGCCUAAAAAAUUUAUUCAAAUUGUUGGGGAUUUUGGUCAAUUCAUACCAACUGAAGUGAUUUUGGGAGGAAGAAUUUAUUUUAAAAGUUACGGUAGUUCAACAGAUCAUUCUACAGAAAAAGCAAAUAGUGAAGCUAUGAAUUUAGGCGUUCCAAAUAUUGCGGAU